ACAGCCUACAUAUUUAAUUCUUUCUAAAUUCUGUACACUGAAUAAAAAAGAGGUCUCGCAAAAUUCUGUAUACUGAAGAAAAAGAAAAAAAAAAGGAGGUCUUGUUAAAUUCUGUACACUGAAGAAAAAGAAAAGAGAAGAGGCUACGCAAAGGUUAUAAAAACCAAACGACUCCACUGGGGAUUGAACCCAGAAUCUCUGGUUCCGUAGACCCGCGCCUUAUCCCUUGGGCCAUGGAGUUAUGUGUUUUUUUCUUAUUUUUUAUUUUAAAGAUUUAACAAAAAAAAAAAAAAGGGCACUCAAUUCCCGCCAAAACUACGCUCCCUCUCGGCGAAGAAAAAAAAAAAAAGGAAGAAAAGAGGGGCUAGCAUUUGGUGUUUUCUGUAGAACAGGAAAAAAGAAAAGGAGAGAAAAAAAUGGAGUUGGGAGCUCAAGAUUAUGCAGAUAGGAAGAAAGAUAUCACCCAAUUCUUGUCUCAAGAUAUUUACCAAGAUGAAAUCAAGGCUAUGAUAAAUCACAAGCGCCGCCGCCUCAUCGUCAACAUCUCUGAUCUCUACUCCUUUAACAACUUGGCUCCUAGGAUUUUGAAGAAUCCGAGUGAAUAUAUGCAACCGUUCUGCGAUGCGGUGACGGAAGCUGCUAAAAGUAUUGACCCGAAAUACUUGAAAGAAGGAGAAAUUCUUCACGUGGGAUUUGAAGGCCCUUUUGUUUCUCGUCGCGUCACACCCAGAGAGCUCCUCUCCGAAUUCAUUGGCUCCAUGGUAUGCGUCGUGGGCAUUGUCACCAAAUGUUCUCUGGUAAGACCAAAGGUUGUCAAAAGCGUUCACUUUUGUCCUGCCACCGAGAACUUCACUGUUCGGGAAUACCGAGACAUCACCUCCAACAAUGGUUUGCCAACUGGGUCUGUGUAUCCGACUAGGGAUGAAAAUGGCAACUUAUUGGUGACUGAAUAUGGGUUGUGCCAAUACAAAGAUCACCAGACCCUAUCAAUUCAAGAAGUACCUGAAAAUGCUGCACCUGGUCAGCUUCCACGAACUGUGGAUGUCAUAGUUGAGGAUGACCUGGUUGAUUCAUGCAAGCCUGGAGAUCGUGUGGCUAUUGUAGGGAUAUAUAAAGCUCUUCCAGGGAAAACCAAGGGUAGUGUGAAUGGUGUAUUCAGAACUGUCCUUAUAGCUAAUAAUGUCUCUCUGCUCAACAAAGAGGCCAAUGCUCCAAUCUACAGUCCUGAGGAUCUGAAAAAUAUUAAGAAGAUAGCAGAAAGAGAUGACACAUUUGACCUGCUUGGUAACUCCCUUGCACCUUCUAUAUAUGGGCAUUCAUGGAUAAAGAAAGCUGUGGUUUUACUGAUGCUUGGUGGAGUGGAAAAGAAUUUGAAGAAUGGCACUCAUUUACGAGGGGACAUUAACAUGAUGAUGGUUGGAGAUCCAUCUGUAGCAAAAUCUCAACUUUUAAGAGCAAUCAUGAACCUUGCUCCCUUGGCCAUUUCAACCACUGGUCGAGGUUCUUCUGGUGUUGGUUUGACAGCUGCUGUGACCUCUGAUCAAGAAACAGGAGAAAGAAGACUGGAAGCAGGUGCAAUGGUCCUUGGUGACAGAGGUGUUGUCUGCAUUGAUGAGUUUGACAAGAUGAAUGAUCAAGAUCGUGUUGCGAUACAUGAAGUCAUGGAGCAGCAGACUGUAACUAUUGCCAAAGCUGGUAUCCAUGCAUCAUUAAAUGCUCGGUGCAGUGUGGUAGCUGCUGCAAAUCCCAUAUAUGGAACUUAUGAUCGUUCAUUGACUCCAACAAAGAACAUUGGACUUCCAGACUCUUUGCUUUCUCGAUUUGAUUUGCUGUUUAUUGUAUUGGAUCAAAUGGAUGCUGAUAUUGAUCGUCAAAUUUCUGAGCAUGUCUUGAGAAUGCAUCGGUUUCGCUCUGCUAUUGAUGGAGGCGAGGCAGCUCUUGAUGGGAGUUCUAGAUAUGGAAGAGAAGAUGAGGCUGACGCUGAUUCAUCUGUUUUUGUCAAGUAUAACCGAAUGUUACAUGGAAGAAAAACAGAAAGAGGUCGAAAGCGUGAUACUCUUACCGUAAAGUUCCUCAAAAAGUAUAUUCAUUAUGCAAAGCACAGGAUUCAGUCUGAGCUGACUGAUGAGGCUUCAGAACACAUUGCAACAGCUUAUGCAGAGCUCAGAAAUGCCAGUUCAAAUGCAAAGACUGGCGGAACCCUUCCUAUCACAGCUAGAACCUUGGAAACAAUAAUUCGUCUGUCAACUGCACAUGCAAAAUUGAAAUUAAGCAGAAAGGUUACAAAAGUUGAUGUUGAAGCUGCUCUGAAAGUUCUAAAUUUUGCUAUUUAUCAUAAAGAAUUGACGGAGAUGGAGGAGCGUGAACAAGAACAACACAGAGAAGAAACUAGAAAACGCAAAGCUGAUAGUCAAGGCCCAACCACAGAUGCUAUGGAAGUAGAUGAUCCUCCAACGGCCCAGCAACCCACUGCUACCGACUUUCUUGAAAAAAUAGAAGCAUUUAAAGCUAUAUUUGGUCAGCAUAUGCGAGCAAACCACAAGGAUACUAUAUCAAUUGCAGAAGUAGAGAAUGUUGUCAACACCGGAGCAGAUGCCCGUUACUCAAGGGCAGAGAUCAUGUCUAUAUUAGAGAAACUGCAAGAUGAUAAUAUAUUGAUGAUAGCUAGCGAAACAGUGCACAUGAUAGUAUGAGAUGUAAGGGAAGACCUGGAUUGACCAAACUAGGCAGGUUGGGAGCUGCUUUUCUGUCAAGCAAUCACCAUAGCGGCUAUUGUGGGACUGGUGAUGGAUCCGGUUCACGUCGGCAUGGAAGUCAUGGUUUGCAGAACUCAUGAUUUGUUCUAAGAUUGUUUUUUAAAAGAAUGACUAAACGUUGUAGUUGAUAAGUGAACUGAGAAUUUUGGCUUCUGCAAGUGAAGAUGCAGAAAGUUCAGAUCAUCUGCUGACAUAUGAUAAUUCACCAAUGCUUUAACUAAUUACUCGUAACUUGUAUGGUAUUGUUCUUUGGAGUCUGAUUUCAAUGGUUACUUUGUGGAUCUACUCUAUGAAUUGUUUGCAGUUCAAGAACAGAAGAAGGCAAAGGUACUCGACUCAAAUGGGUGUAACCUUUGAGUGCUUAAGUUACGUAAAUA